AUGGAGGCUACCAGUGGCUAUGCCAACGGCUUCCCCAAAGUACCGAACGGAAAGAUUAACGGAAAGCCAAACGGCAAGAUGAGCGGACAGGCUGUGACUAUCAAGAGGAGGACAACUCCGAAGCGAGGACCGACCCUGCUCGGCCGCUCAUUUAACAUGGUCGCAAGGAUCCUGACUUGGUAUUCCAUCAUAUCAAUCCUCUUCCGCUGUCCUGCGAACCUCGAGGCCUGCGACGAGUCCUCUCCCAAGAUUUGCAAGCCGUACUUCCAACUGAAACACGCCGUAACACCCCACCUCGAGCCUUACUAUUAUACCUACGCCGCUCCCUACGUCGAGAAGGCGACGCCCUACUACAACAUCGCCAACGAGAGAGUAUUUGUCCCUACCAAGGCCUACGCCACCAAGUACGGCGGUCCCCGCCUGCAACAGGCCCAAGCCUACGGCCAGGCGCAAUGGGACAAGAACAUCCACCCCAAGCUCGCUGUCUACCAGAAGCAGGCUCAGGAGAAGUAUGACCAGACUGUCGCCCCCCAUGUCGCCAAGGCUUCGACCACCGUAGGCCCCUACUACGACAUCGCGCGCACUAAUGCUCUGCAAACCUACCACGAUGUCAUCCUACCCUCGUACCGGUUCGUCCACCCAUACGCCGCACAGGGCUAUGCCGUCGCCUCUCAGUUCACUACCGAGACGGCUGUUCCGUCCGCCUACUGGGCCUGGAACAAAACGUACAGCUUCCUCGACGCCACUGUUUGGCCCCAGUUCCGUGUUUUGUACAUUGAAAAUGUCGAGCCCCAACUGGCUAGAAUCGGACAGCGCCUUGGUCGCUACAAGAACAAGACCAAGGGAUCGCUCGAGAACGUCUCUGAGAGUGCCACUGCUAAGGCAUCUUCUUUCACCAAGCCUGCGGCUUCAACCGCCUCCACCGCCGCUUCUUCUGUUUCCUCGGCUGUCUCAUCCGCUACAGAGAAGGCUUCCGUGGCCAUGGAAAGCGCGCAUAUUCCAGACGAGUCCGAGGUCGCUCAGCACGACAAGUCGGAGCAGGUCCACGCGCCCCCGCCUGGCGAGGACGAGUCUGACCUUCGCAAGACCGCACGCGAGAUUGUUGCCGAGGAUCUUAGCAGCUGGCAAUCCAAGUUCGCCAAGGCUGCCGAGGAGGGUGCUUCCGAGAUUGAGGACCGUGUUCAGGAGAUCUCCGAACGCGUGAUCAAGGAAAAGGCCCAUGGUCAGGGCAAGGCGCUUGUCGCCGAGCUCCAAAACGCUGCCAUCACCGAGAUUGAUGCUUUGCAGAAGCAGAUUAUCAAGCUUGUCCAAAAGUCAGCCGACACCCCCGAGGGUGUCCAGGAUGAGCUCUUUGCACAUGUUCGGAAAGCUGGACUCAACGUCAAAGAGAAGGCGCAGAAGAUUCGUGUCUGGAAGGACGAGUACGAGGCCGACAUCGAGAGUGCUGUUACCGAGGCCGCUGAUGAGCAUUUCAAGAUUCUUGAGAGCAUCCGUGACUUGGCACUUCAGAAGAUUGGAAUGAAGUGGGCAUGGAUGGACGGCAUCACCUACAAGGAUUGGGCCAAGUACCAUGAGCUGAAGGACCGCUUCGACGAGUGGACCAUGGACCUGAAGAAGCUCAUCAUUACCCAUCCCGGCCUGGAGAAGGCACGCGAAGCCUCGAACGAGGUUGAGGAUUCAGGCAUGGCUGCUGCUCAAUCUGCUGCACAGGACCUCGCCAAGCUUAAGCAGGUUGGCCUCUGGAAGCUCACCGCUCAGGAUUCUUCCGACAACUUCGACAGUGAAACUGCCCGCCUUGCCGCCGAAGAAGCCGAGCGCCUUCGUGCCGCCGAGGCGUCCGCCACUCCCUCUGAGGCCAUCUCCACCCCUGAGGAAGACCCUCUGGAAUCGGCUGCCAGCGUGAUCGAGGACGAGUCGCCCGCCACUGACCUUGGCUCUGACGGAGCGGCAAGCUCCGUUAGCAGCGUUGCUAGCGAAGUCAAGGAGAGCCUCAGCAGUGCCAUUCCCGCUGUGUCUUCUGCCGUGUCCGAGUCCGCCAGCAGCGUCGCCAGUCAAGCGUCGAGCGUUGUAGCCGGCAGCUCGUCCAGCACUGCUUCGGGACCCGACCUGGCAUCCACCAUCAUUCCCGGUAAAGACCAGACUUACGUUGUCGGCACCGAUGGAUCGUCGCCUGCCGGUGAUGAGGAGAACGCUGUACCUGGCGAAAAGCUCGAGGAGGAGAUCAUCCCGGAGUCUGCGGAGGACAAGCCUGUUGCUGCCGAUACCGAGACUGUAAAGCCCGCCUUUCUCGGGGCUGCCGCGCAGUCUGUCUCGAGCAGAGUGCCCAUUCUGGACGACGAUGAGGACGCCGACAGCGUUUCUUCCAGGGCUCAGGAGGCCUACUCUGCCGCCAUUUCCAAGGCUUCCGAGCAAUAUUCCUCUGCCAGCGCUGCCAUCUCUGCCAAGAUUUAUGGCACCCCCCAGCCGACGCAAGAAAAGCUGAUUGCCUCUGCUUCUGGUGCCUAUGCCGACGCCAUCGCGGCCGCCAGCUCCCGUUACGAUGAUGCCGUCAAGGCAGCCUCCAAGGCCCUUUAUGGCACUGCCCCCGCCAAGUCUACCCCUUCCUAUGAUUGGGCCAGCGUUGAGGCCAUCGCCUCCCAGCGUCUGAACGAGGGACGCCUGUGGGCUGAGCAGCAGUACGAGAGUGCUAAGAUUGCGCUUGGUCUUGCCACUGCUACCCCUACUUCCCAGGUCGAGAAGCUCCUUGAUCAAGCCAAGUACAACUACUAUGCUGGCCUGGGUGUCGCUCAUGCUCGCUACUCCGAAUUCCUGGCUGCCGCAUCCUCGGCCUUGAGUUCCGCGACGGCGACCCCUACUCCUACUAAUGUAGCUGGCACUGCGUCCUCUGUUGCCUCCGUUGCCACUCGCUCGGCCGACGCCGUGGCUUCUGGAGCGCAGAAGGAAGCUGUUGCCGUAGCAUCCGCCGUCAGCGAUGGCUUCUCGGCAGCCGCUUCCAUCGUCAGCGAUUCCGUUUCCGCCGGCGUCCAGGAGGUUGUGGAUGCUGCGCAGGCCAUCGAGAAGGGGGUUUCAGAUACCUGGGAGGCCGUGGUGAGCCGCGCCAGCAUUCAGAUCUAUGGCAAGCCCACACCAACCGCAUGGUACGAUAGUGCCUACAGCGGCGCCGGACAGUACGCGUCGCAGGCCACUGCAGUCGUUGCUGAGAGUCUUGCAGCGGUUCAAGGCCAAGCUGCUAAGCAGUAUGAGGAUAUUAGCAAACUUGUCUCUGAGCUCCUGGUCGGCAAGGAACCCACUGUCUCCGAGAGCGUUUUGGGUCGCCUGCAAGCUGCCUACUCUACGGGCAUUGCCUCCGCCGCCAGUCUUGCCAGCGCUGCUUCGGCCACUGCCUCUUCAGCUGCUUCUGUUGUCACGAACGCUGUCAAGGAGACUGUGCAGCAUGUCCGCGAUGAGUUGUGA